AUGUACGUUAUAAUUGUGCGACAAACUGUGCGGUUAAUAGGACAUCGAGGUCCUGGAGAUGGGCGUUUGGAAAUUCGUCAUAAUGGUAUUUGGAAAAACGUUUGUGGUGACGGAUUUAAUAAAAAGGCUGGGCGCGUAGUUUGUCGACAGCUGGGAUUUCUCGAUCCAGAGAGACUAGAUGAAGUUGAUAUUUAUGUUAAUGGCAAUAAUUCAUGGAUUAUCAACAAUGGUUCUUAUUGGUUGGAUGACGUGGAUUGUAAAGGAGGUGAAACCAGGCUGCAGGACUGCAACAAUUUGUGGUUUGCGGAUGAUACAUGUAGUAGUGCUGAUGUAGUUGGUGUGAAAUGUGGACCAGAUGAAGUUGAAAUCUAUAUAAGUGGUAAUAGUUCAUGGCUAGACAUUACUGGAGAUUAUUGGUUAGAUGACGUUAACUGUACAGGAAAUGAAGCGAGAUUAGAAUUUUGUCCGCAUAGAACGUGGGGAGAGCAUAAUUGUUCGAAUCAAGUAGCUGGGGUUAAGUGUGUUAAAACGGUGCGGUUAACGGGAUAUCAAGGAUCUACAGAUGGGAACUUGGAAGUUCUGCAUGGCGGUAUGUGGAAGAGUGUCUGUGCGGAUGGAUUUGACAAAAAGGCUGGACAGGUUGUUUGUCGACAAUUGGGAUUCCUCAAUAUUAAUAGAACGGACGAAGUUCAUAUCUAUAGUGGAAAUAAUUCAUGGCUUACCGCUCCACACCCGUUUUGGAUGAAUGACGUUGUUUGUGGGGGAUAUGAAACUAGGUUGGAAGAUUGUGAACAUUCAACUUGGGGACAGAGCAAUUGUAGUAGUGCUGGAGAAGUA